AUGGCACUCUUGCCGAAUCAAAACAUAACACGACGAGCCGUCCCCUGGUAUGCAUUUUUUAUGCAAGAGGGAACGUUUCUGAGAAGAAACUUGCCACAAGCUGUUGGGAAGAAGUUUUUUCACGCUGAGCACACAUGCCAUGAGUCAAAUGCCCUACCAGUUGUCCACCACAGCAAGUAUGUGUGUGACCUUCCAGCGAACCACAGAUUCCCUAUGGGAAAAUUUCCCAAAGUUCUCAAGUGUUUGCUCGAUGACCAAGUAAUAAGAAACAAACAGGUUUGGGCUCCCAAACUGGCGUCAGAGCAGCUGCUGGCAGGCGUCCAUACAGAAGACUAUUUGAAACGAUUCAUUGGUGGGAAAACGACUGAUGACGAACAGAGGCGGACGGGUUUCCGUUGGAGUGAGGGAAUAGUACAGCGGUGCAGAUAUGAAACAGGUGGCACAGUGCUAGCAGCAGAGAUUGCCUUGCAGAGAGGCUUGGCUUGCAGCACAGCUGGCGGUACACAUCACGCUUUUCCAGACUACGGCUCAGGUUUCUGUCUGCUCAAUGACCUGGCAGUCACAGCCAAACAUUUAGUGAGCGAGUCCGCAUCCAGAAGGAAGAUUCUCAUCGUGGAUCUAGAUGUGCAUCAGGGUGAUGGCACGGCGUACAUCUUCAGAGACGAUCCAGACGUCUUCACAUUCUCAGUGCAUUGUGGGAAAAACUUCCCCUUACGGAAACAGCAAAGUGAUCUUGACAUUAGUGUAGAGGAACACAUGGAGGAUAAGGAAUACCUGGCUACAGUGGAGGCUCACCUGCCCUGGCUGCUGGAGACUUUUCGGCCAGACCUGGUCCUCUAUGAUGCUGGUGUUGACCCUCACUGGGAAGAUGAGCUGGGGAGACUUCGCCUUACAGACCAGGGCCUCUAUCAGAGAGAUCUGUAUGUACUUAACACCAUGGUGGGAAAAGGCAUACCCAUAGCCACUGUGAUUGGUGGAGGAUAUUCCAGAGACAUAGACAAAUUGGCUCUCAGACACUCCAUAGUCCACAGAGCAGCCACUAAGGUUUGGAAGGAAAAACGUAUGUGACAAAAGAAACCACUGCGGACUGAUGACGGCCUUCUCGUUUGGGAGUAAAUCACCUUAUGAAGUCAGAGACCAUCGUUUUAUGAGGUGUAAUACUGACUGUAAAAAUGAUUCUCAAUCAUUAAAACAGAU